CAAAGCCUUUUUUUUAUGGCUUAUUUACAGCAGUCAGAUGUUGAUAGCACUGUGUCCAAGGGCAGUACCAGCCUGUCCAAAACUAAUACAAACUUCAGCAAAGGCAAUACCAGACUGACAAAGAGCAAAUCUAUCAAACAGGGUAUACAGGGGAAGAAAGUAUUAAACAAGCCUACUUUGAAGGAGGAUGAUGACAAAUCAGGUCCCAUUUUUAUCAUAGUCCCAAAUGGGAAAGAACAGAGAAUGAAAGAUGAAAAAGGACUGAAGGUGUUGAAGUGGAACUUCACUACUCCUCGUGAUGAAUACAUUGAACAGCUGAAAACUCAGAUGUCCAGUUGUGUAGCCAAAUGGUUACAGGAUGAGAUGUUUCAUGCAGACUUCCAGCACCACAACAAAGCACUGGCUGUUAUGAUUGAGCAUUUGGAAAAUGAGAAAGAUGGAGUCAUCAGCUGCCUGGAUCUAAUCCUAAAGUGGCUUACCCUUCGGUUCUUUGAUACUAACACAAGUGUUCUUAUGAAAACACUUGAAUACCUUAAAUUGCUUUUCAAUAUGCUGAGUCAAGAAGAGUAUCACCUUACGGAAAAUGAAGCAUCGUCUUUCAUCCCAUAUCUCAUCAUAAAGGUAGGAGAACCAAAAGAUGUCAUCCGCAAAGAUGUUCGUGCCAUCCUGAAUAGGAUGUGUCUCAUAUAUCCAGCCAGCAAAAUGUUUACUUUCAUCAUGGAGGGGACAAAAUCUAAAAACUCAAAACAGCGUGCAGAGUGCCUGGAAGAGCUUGGAUGUCUGGUUGAAUCCUAUGGUAUGAACGUAUGCCAGCCAACUCCAGGGAAAGCCUUGAAAGAAAUGGCAACUCAUAUUGGUGAUAGAGACAACACCGUUCGCAAUGCUGCACUGAACACCAUUGUAACCGUUUACAAUGUUCAUGGUGACCAAGUAUUCAAGCUGAUUGGAAAUCUGUCAGAGAAAGACAUGAGCAUGUUGGAGGAGAGAAUAAAACGGUCAGCCAAGAGACCAUCUGCUGCUCCAGUGAGACAGGCAGAGGAGAAACCUCAGCGUAUCCAAAACAUCAGUGCGAAUGCUAGCAUGCUGCGGAAGGGGCCAGCUGAGGAUAUGUCUUCCAAACUCAACCAAAAUCGCAAUAUGGGCAGUCACUCUGAGACAGCACAUACAGUUCCACGGGAAUUUCAGCUGGAUCUUGAUGAAAUUGAAAAUGAUAAUGGUACUGUGAAAUGUGAGAUGCCAGCACUUGUACAGCACAAACUAGAUGACAUCUUUGAGCCGGUCCUGAUUCCUGAGCCGAAAAUCCGUGCUGUGUCGCCACACUUUGAUGACAUGCACAGUAGCAUUGCUUCUACUAUCAACUGUGUCAUUUCUCAAGUAGCCAGUGGUGAUAUAAAUACAAGCAUUCAGGCUCUAGCACAGAUUGAUGAAGUUUUCAGACAGGAAGACAAAGCAGAAGUUAUGUCUGGCCACAUUGACCAAUUUCUAAUAGCUACGCUUAUGCAGCUUCGGUUAAUCUACAAUACACACAUGGCAGAUGAGAAGUUAGACAAAGAUGAGAUAGUGAAACUUUACAGCUGUAUUAUUGGGAGCAUGAUAUCGCUGUUCCAGGUAGAGAGUCUGGCUCGAGAAGCCUCAGCUGGUGUGCUAAAGGACCUAAUGCAUGGUCUUAUUACAUUAAUGCUGGAUUCUCGGGUUGAAGACCUCGAGGAGGGUGAGCAGGUCAUCCGAUCAGUCAAUCUUUUGGUAUUGAGAGUCCUGGAAAAAUCUGACCAGACCAACAUUUUGAGUGCUCUGCUGCUUUUACUUCAAGACAGUCUGCUAGCAACAGCCAGCUCUCCUAAGUUUUCAGAACUUGUCAUGAAGUGUCUGUGGAGAAUGGUGCGUCUUCUGCCAGAAACCAUUAAUAGCAUCAAUCUGGAUCGGAUUCUACUGGAUAUCCACAUCUUCAUGAAGGUCUUUCCCAAAGAGAAGCUGAAGCAGUGUAAGAGUGAGUUUCCUAUAAGGACAUUGAAGACACUGCUUCACACCCUGUGCAAGCUGAAAGGGCCCAAGAUCUUAGAUCACCUAACGAUGAUAGAAAACAAAAAUGAGUCUGAGCUGGAGGCUCACCUGUGUAGAGUAAUGAAACACUCCAUGGACCAGACUGGAAGCAAAGCUGAUAAAGAUACAGAAAAAGGGGCUUCUCGCAUAGAAGAAAAAGCCUCAAAAGCCAAAGUGAAUGAUAUUUUGGCAGAAAUAUUUAAGAAGAUUGGCUCCAAGGAGAACACUAAGGAGGGUUUGGCAGAGCUGUAUGAAUACAAAAAGAAAUAUUCUGAUGCAGAUAUUGAGCCCUUCCUGAAAAACUCAUCUCAGUUCUUCCAGAGCUAUGUGGAAAGAGGCCUCCGGCUGAUAGAAACAGAAAGGGAGGGAAAAGGACGCAUUGCUUCUUCUACAGGAAUUUCUUCUCAGGUGGAAGAAACGUGUGUUCCUGUUUCUACCCACACUGUAUCUUCAUCUAUAGGAAACACAAAUGGGGAGGAAGUGGGGCCUUCAGUUUACUUGGAACGAUUAAAAAUUCUCAGGCAACGUUGUGGCCUUGACAAUGCAAAGCAGGAAGACAGAGCACCUCUGACAUCUCUGCUCUCUAAACCAGCAGUCCCUACAGUUGCAUCCUCUACUGAUAUGCUUCAUAGUAAGCUCUCCCAGCUCCGUGAGUCACGAGAACAGUACCAACAUCUGGAUCUGGACUCCAAUCAGACUCAUUCUUCUGGUAUUGGAACUACCAUGGCUUCAUCCUCUUCUGCAGCAGCUAAUAUUGAUGACUUGAAAAAAAGAUUGGAGAGAAUAAAAAGCAGUCGCAAAUAGAGGCAGCAUCAUGGUUGCUGUCUUCAGCUUUAGUUUACUAAACUAGAAGUCUUCAUAGUUAAAUGGCCUCGUUUAGGCCUCAUGUAUACAAACUGGUUUAUGUAUAAUACAGUGGAUUUUGGAGGGACUGGGUCAUUGUGGCACAAGUAUUUGUACAUAAUCUGCUUCUCAGUGAGCAUCUCUUGACAAUAGAAGGCUGUCUGUGUAUUAGUAUUAGUGUACAGACCUGUAAACAACCAUCCUCUUGCUCAGACUAGUUUCUCAUAACUUUUUUUAUUUGUAAUAUUGUCUUUAAGAUCUUUUUCCUAGUUCUUAACUCUUAGAAAAUCUUUAGUGGUUUCACUUUUAAUUUUGUGAAUUCUUCUCCAUGUAAUCCUUGAACUGUUGAUUCUAUAUGGACACAUGGCAUGAAGUAACUAAUUUAAGUGUCUUUUGUAAAUAAAGUUUGCAUUAACUAUACCAGUCUUUAUAGGAACAGCAGUGACUGCUGGUGAGAGAAGUUGCUGUCUAUUCCUGAAUGUUAGUGACUGGGCAUCUAGAAAUUGAACUAAGCUAUUCUUGAAAUGAACCUAAAGCUUGGAUAUUUUAUAGGGAAGAUGAGUGAAUAUACUAUGUCUGGGUUGCAAUCCUGAGACUUUGCACUCUUCUAUGAGCAGUAGUGUAUUUUUUUUCCAUGUAGUUGCUGUUUUUUGUUUUGGACUAUGGUUUCCGUAAGUUGCAAGUAAGUCGAGAAUAUUUAGUUUGCUGACAUGCUUAUUUUAAAUUACUAAUCCUUGUAUUGCCUCUACCUGGAUGAAGCAUAGUCCCUUCUGUGUAUAAAUGCUUUCUCUUUGAGGGAGUGUGCUGCUGUUGAUAAGAAAUAGAUUAGCAGUGAUGUACAGUCAGUGGCCUCAUUUAUCCUGAACUCAUUUGAUUAAGUGGUCUUCCUAAUGGAGUUUUCAAAUGCAAGUAGACCACAGCACCAUAUUCAGUUGCACUUAAACAUCUAAUGUUAGCAAACCCUCCUGUUUCGUAUAACUAGAAAAUGCCUACUAGUGCUAGUCUUCAAAAGCUGUAGUCAACUGCUUUUUGAGUGAGGAGUGUAUUCUGAGUAGCCUUCUUCAGAAGCAGCAAGUAUGAAAGCUUAAAGACCUACACUGUGUAGCCUUCCUCGCCCAUUCAUCUCUCAGGAGGUGAUGUUUUCACUUUGCUCCUUCACUGCCUUGUGUGAGCUGGUUGCGAAGCAUUAGUUGCACAUCUGUUCCGUAGCUAGAACAGAGCUAUUGAAGAGUUGGACAGGCAGGCUUAAAGCAGCAUUUUGUUAUUCUGGGUUCUGAUCCUGGCUCCAUGUAACUGCUGCUUUUGGUGUUUGCUCUGGGGGCCGCGGGAGUCUCAGCAUUUGGGCUGUAGCUGAAUCAAUCUUGCCUGAUUACAGUGAAAACUUGGUUUUAAAUCAGUACGUGUACAACAGGUCUAUGGCAGAGCUGCUGCAGAUGGCUGCAAUUUUCCUUUUUACAGGACCCCUUGGCUGGGGUUACAGUGGAUUUGUAAUACUGCUUGGUGCUUGUGGUGAGUUUAUGCACUGUGAUAGCAGGUGACUUGUGAGCAGUCUUCAUCCUGUGUUAACUAACACGAUGCCCUUCAUUGCUUCACACUGCUUUGAUUCAGUAGUUGCGGUCUCCUAUGCUGACCUGGAGCAGUCGUGCCCUUUUAUUAAACAGACCUAAAUGGCAAGAGAAAGUUUUGGCCAUUGUUGAUAAGUGCAGACGUUUUGUGCACUGGGGGCUAUUGGCAAAUAGUUGUUUGGAUGUCAUUGGAGUUACUGCCACUACCUCUCAGUUACCAGCUGCUUUUUGAAACAGUUACUAACAUAUAAAUGAAUCCAUAUUUUUAUUUACUGUACCAUGUCUAAUAGACAUUCUGAAGAGCUGUUUGUUAAUUAGUUCAGGAUGUUAAAGCGGCAAUGCCUGCAAACUUGCAUACUACUAUUUUGAUCAACUAUUUUAGACUUAAAACUGAUUUGGAAGUGAAGUACAGGAAUAAUGAGUAGAAGAAGAUAUAGUUGUUUACUAUGAAUGAGUUUUUUGCCCUGUGUCUUUGUAGUGUUUGGACUCAAUAUCCUGGGAGUUCUAAACUAAAACUUGUGCACAUAAAUUAAUAAAGCCUAAUCUUUAGCCCAGAAAAUAUUUAAAUAAUAUUAAACUGAAUUUUAAAAAUGA